AUACUUAUCGAGCCAAUAUGGGAUAUCUAUUGGCUCGUCGAAUUCCUGCCGCACGUACCAGACUUCAAAUGGCGGAUUACAGUGAGAAAUGUGAUGAAGAUUGUUCUUUCGACGAUUACAGCGACGAUAAGCACAAAGGCGUAUGCCUCAUUAAAGAAGAAUUCAUCAUCGAAGAUAGAAUAAGAUUACAGAAUGAAGAGUGCCUUGUCGGGACAAACAAGCGGAGCGCAGAAGAAAGUAUCAAGGCGCGUGACGAGGAAACAACGUCCCAUGAAUUGUCACCGAAAAGAUUCAAGUCGGACGAUAAGAAAGAAAAACUUAGGGGUCAAAAUAAGGCUAGACCGCCACCGUUCAAAACGUUGCGCGAAACGAAUUUGUGCCCAUGGAUAGCGGAUCAGGUGGAAGGAGAGGUUGAGAAAAAAUGUGAAAAUAAACGUUGUUCCUUUUUGCACGAUCGAAAAGAAUAUUUGCAGAUAAAGCCAAGCGAUAUUAACGAGGAUUGUUACCUUUUCGAUCUAAUGGGUAGAUGUCCUAGAGGCGCCGCAUGUAGAAUGGGUUCCAAACAUCUGACCGAAGAUGGCUUCAAUAUAAUAGACACGAAUAAGUUACAAGAAUUUAAGAGGAAACCCUUGUCUACGCAAAAUCAAUUGUCCAAGUCUCUUCAAAAUAAGCUCAGAAAGCAUAAAUAUAAUUUUUCCAAGGCAGAAACAAUCGUUAAAGGAAAUAAUCCUUCCGCCAAGAAGAUGUCUACCAAAAGUCGGACGUUGAGCGAUACCGAAGGAAGGUUAUAUUCAAGAGUAAAGAAGGACGACGAAGAAAUUGAUAAAGAUUUACACUUGGAGGACGUUCUUGUCGAAGAAGGCGCAAAGAAUGAAAGGGAAGAACCAAGGGUCGGGCCCGUGGAGGAUUACGAUUUGAUUAAAAUUCGACCGUCGGAGAAAAAAAAGAUCGAUUGGAAGAACAAAGUAAUGUUGAGCCCAUUAACGACCGUGGGUAAUCUUCCAUUUCGUAGGAUUUGCAAAGGUUACGGCGCCGAUAUUACUUGCGGAGAAAUGGCAUUGGCUCCUAAAAUAUUGAAAGGAGCACACGAGGAAUGGGCUUUGGUAAAACGACACAAAAGCGAAGACAUUUUUGGCAUACAAUUGUGCGGUAAUAAUCCUGGAGUAUUGACGAGAUGUGCUCAGUUAUUGAACGAAGAAAUUGAUAUAGAUUUCAUUGAUUUGAACUUAGGGUGUCCUAUCGAUUUAAUUUACAGACAAGGUGGUGGAAGCGGUAUGCUCAAUAGAUUAAACGUAUUAGAAACGGUUAUAAAGUCUGUUAGUCAAGUCGUGGAUAUACCAUUGUCCGUUAAGACAAGAACAGGGGUUUACAUAGAUAAGCCCAUAGCGCAUAAUUUAAUGCCAAAGUUUCGAGAUUGGGGUGUAUCCAUGAUUACCGUUCAUGGAAGAUCUCGCGAACAAAGGUACACGAAACUUGCAGAUUGGAAUUAUAUAGAAAAGUGUGCACAGGCAGCAAAGCCCGUGCCUGUAUUUGGAAAUGGAGAUAUCCUUUCGUUCGACGAUUAUCAAAGAGCACUGAACGUCUGCACUUCCGUAGAAGGUGUGACUAUAGGAAGGGGAGCAUUAAUCAAACCUUGGAUUUUUACCGAAAUGAAAGAGAAAAAGUUGAUAGACGUAAGAAGUACGGAAAGAUUUGAUAUAUUGAAGAAAUAUGCUAAUUAUGGCUUGGAGCAUUGGGGAUCCGAUACGCGAGGCGUCGAAACGACGAGAAGAUUUAUGUUGGAAUGGAUUUCCUUCUUGCACAGAUAUGUGCCUGUUGGACUGUUGGAAAGGCCACCGCAGAGAAUCAACGAGAGACCACCAUUUUAUAAAGGUCGAGACGAGAUGGAAACGCUUAUGGCGAGUUCGAAUUGUGCGGAUUGGGUUAAAAUAUCAGAAAUGUUGCUUGGAAAAGUACCCGAUGGAUUUCACUUUUUACCAAAGCACAAAGCAAAUUCGUGGAAGUAGCAGGAGAAUCGUAAUCUUAUGUUUUCUCUCUCUCUCUCUCUCUCUCUCUCUCUCUCUCUCUCUCACGAGGACUUUUGAAAUAAAUUUUAGCUAGAUAAACAAAGA